GUGUAACUCUGGCUGGUUGUGGGUGUGUCGAGUUUGAAGAGUUUAGUUCUAGAAGUGACACGAGGGAAGAAACUAGAACUAAACUAGAACCCAAACUCGGAUUAUUAUGAGUUCGGACUGAGAGCGCGCGGUGAUCAUGGCCAUCUGGACUCGCGCGGAUAAGAACGGUCAGCUGGACCUGCUGCUGCGGGAGCGCUGGGUCCGGGUCACGGCCGAACUGAGCCGGGACACUUUAACGCUGAGCGCCAACGGGGAGGCGAGCGGGAGCGGCGCCGAGCUCAGGAACGGGCUGUCUAACGGAAACGAGCUCAGUGGCGAGCAGAACCGGCUCCGGAGCCCAAACCCGGAGCUCCAGCCCAACCACGGACACUUAAAGCCCGGCGGAUACGGCAGCCCGGGCUCCGGCAGGCUGAGCCGCGAUAACGGGACCAGCUCGGAGUACGGGAGUCCCGGUUCGGGCUGCGGGAGCCCCGGGUCCAGCUUCAGCUCCAGACACGGAGACGGAGGAGGCGCGGGCAGCGACUCGAGCGCGGCGGAGAGCGUGCGGAGAGUGCGGGUGGUGAAGCAGGAGUCCGGCGGGCUGGGCAUCAGCAUUAAGGGCGGCAGAGAGAACCGAAUGCCGAUCCUCAUCUCCAAGAUCUUCCCCGGGCUGGCGGCGGAUCAGAGCCGCGCGCUGCGCGUGGGAGACGCCAUCCUGUCCGUGAACGGGAGCGACCUCCGCGAAGCCACGCACGACCAGGCGGUGCAGGCGCUGAAAAAGGCCGGCAAGGAGGUGACGCUGGAGGUGAAGUAUAUCCGGGAGGUGUCCCCCCUGUUUAAAAAGCCCUCCAUGCUGGCUGAGCUGCCCUGGGAUGGCCCCUGGUCUCCGUCUCCCAACUUCACCAACACUGAGGAGUCCCCAAAACAUGGCGGCAGCAAAGACAGGAAGGUCAUUCCUCUCAAAAUGAGCUUCAUCUGCAGAAACCUCACCAUGCCUGACCUGGAGAGCAGGUUGUUGGAGCUGCACUCUCCUGAUGGUCAGCACACUGUGGUUCUGCGCUGUAAGGAUGGACCCACUGCCCACUCCUGGUUCACCGCCAUACACACCAACAUCGCCGCCCUGCUGCCUCAAACACUCACUCACAUCAACGCCUACCUGAGCUCAGCCAGCUCCAACACGCACACACAGCUCAAACACAUCGGCUGGCUGGCAGAACAGAUCCCUCUGGACGCUGGGCGGCUCCAGUACAGACCCGUCGUCAUGGCGAUAACGGAGAAGGACAUCCUGCUGUUUGACUCUGUGCCCUGGACGCGAGAGGCCUGGAACACACCGCUGCUCACCCACCCUCUACUCGCAACCAGGUUGGUCCACUCUGGCAGCAGUCGCAGUUCCCCCUCGUUAGGAGCUGAUCUGGUGUUUUCCACGCGUUCGGGUACCAGUCGUGGGGUGGAGUCGCACGUGUUUCGGGUGGAGACGCACUGGGACCUGUCGUCAUGGACGCGGGCGCUGGUGCAGGGGGCGCACGCUGCGGCCGAAAUCAUCAAGGAGGUGUCCAUAGGAUGCGUGUUGAACAGGCAGGACGUGCGGUUGAUCCUGCACUACGAUCGCGGCUUCACGGUGCUGAGGGACCACGGCGAGCCUGCGGGGGGCGCUCUGCUCUUCCACUACCCCUUCGAAAAGCUCAAGAUGUCUGCAGACGACAGCGUGAGAAACCUCUACCUGGACUUCGGGGGUCCGGAGGGAGAACUGGUGUUUGAUCUGCACUCCAGUCCGAAGCCCGUGGUGUUUGUUCUUCACUCAUUCCUGUCGGCCAAACUCACCCGGAUGGGCCUGCUGACGUGAGAGAGAGAGAGACAGGAGUAGACAGAGGGAGAGAGACAGGGAGGGGGGGAGAAAGAGAGAGAGAGAGAGACAAGAAGGGCGAGUUUUCAUAAAAUAUUCCUCUUUUACACUCUUAUAGCUCAGCCUUCCAUUUAAUGGAAUAUUUUAUCGGAAUAUUUUAAUGGAUUUGCUUCUGUUCCAUUUACAUACACGUUUUAUAACUGUGUGUGUGUGUGUGUGUGUGUGUGUGAGUGUGUGUGUGUGAGUGUGUGUGUGUGUGAGUGUGUUGCAGUGUAAGCUUGUGCUCUUAAAGUUGUGAGAAAGUUUGUGAACCCUUUUGAAUCAUCUGAUCUGAUCAUAAUCGAAGUACAUUAAUGGUGUCCGGGACACCCCAACCAAAAAUCUAGCAUGUCAGAAUUUCUUGUUUUCCAGUCCGGCGUCUCCUGCGGCGCGCUCCUUUACGUUGACCAACAGGCUGUCGGAGCGCUCUCUGUAAACACGGCGGAGAGAGAGCAGCGCUGCUGCUGCAGAUUUAAAGUGGAAUAAUGAAACAGAGGAAAGGUUCUCUGAGCUGCGGCAGCAGAACCCCUCGAGGGAGAACCCUGAGAGAGUCCAAAAACCAUCAGCAUCACACACAGCGCUGCUGAUUGACAGUUUACUGACCCGCCUGCCCGACGACCUGUGAACUCACACAAGGACACGAACGAUGAUCGGUCGGCACCAAACUUGUGGUGUUGCGAGUCUCCCGACUGAGACGCAGCACGGAUUUAUGGCACAUAAGGACAAAAAUAUCCCGGCAUUACAUAAGAUCAUCCUGACCAAUCACAGGGCUGAUGUGCCUUGCCCCACCCCCCUGCUUUAACAAAACCAGGCUCACUCUUCUAGUCUUGUUUAUGGUUCUAUACAGCACCAAAAAGGGUUCUUCAACUGUUACAAGCUUGACAUUGUAAUGAUAGCAGAACCCUUUUUGGUGCUCUAUAGGACCAUUUUCAAAAAGGUUCGAUAUAGAAGCAUCUACAGCACAUCCUCCAUCAAUCCGAAGAACCAUUUAAUGAUGCAGAGAACCCUUUAAUCAUGCAGUGUUCUUUAAGUGUUCAUGGUUCUAUAUAGAACCAGUUUCUUUACCAAAGAACCCUUGAAGAACCAUCGUUUGUAAGCUCCACCAUCUCGCAUGCACAGUGCUGUGUGGGCGAUCACUGUCUUUGUCUCUUGGGGAGGCAAAACAAAACGUGGGGAGGGCUGACGUUUUCACAGGGCGGGGCUAAACGACCAAACCGGCUAUGAAGACAAACAACAGACAACAGAACAUAACUGUGCUGCUAUAUUAAUGUUUAAAUUGUCGCAUACAGAACCUUUAAAGCAAGAAAGCUGCGUAGUGGCUGGUCAUGUUGGACACAGAGACGUCAAUCAACCAUGCUCAUUAGAAUAAUAGGCCACACCCAGACAUUUCUCACAGUCAUCUGUCUUUUUGUUUUGUCUUUCUGUGUGUUUUAAAGCAGCACUGCUGUUUAUUAUGCAAAUUUAUGCAGAAAUUGUAAUUCUAAAGGGUUCACAAAAUUUUUCACAAGCGUGAUUCCUAAAGCAUGUACGGUGUGCACACACACACACACACACACACACACACACACACAGACACACACACACACACACUCUCCAGGUUACUGUUUCAGGAGGACCACAUGUGCCUUUACAUAUCGAGUCGAAAAAAAGCUUUUUAAUCAUUUUUCUCUCUUUUUGUUUUUAUUUGAAAUCAUAGGAAAGCUUUGCUGAAUAUGCAGAACUGUAGUAUUACCCUCAUUUCAUAUUCCUGUAUGUAUGUGUCUCUUUUCACCAUUCCUGUCUGUGUGUCUGUUUGUCCUGCAUGACUCGGACUGUUACUGUGCGGAUCUGCGCGGUUCUGCGCGGUUCUGCGCGGACGCUAAAGCUCCGUAUUCUCUCGCUGGCUUUGACAUGUUAAUCUCCUUCAGCCCCUUUUGUGUUUAUGUGUUUACGUGUGGGAAAAAAAUCACAAAGUGGUCCGUUUGAUAACAUUCCAGAUGUUCAGUGUUUGUUUUUCUGACAUUCCUCUGCGUGCAGGGCUGAAAGCUGUGUUGGGUUCUAAACAGGGCUGAAUGUUUGUUGGGGUGUUUCUUUUUCAACAGCGCCGUUGAAGUAGCCUCUGUUCUCUGUCACAGGCCUUCGACAUCAGCGCGGAGUGCGGCUGCAGCAGAAACAGAUGAUAUUUUAAAAAUUUAAAGGAAGAAAAGCAAGUAAAAUUCAGUUUUUAGCCUGAAUGUGCUGUUCCACCUUAAAUGGUGCAGCAGUUAUAAUCUGGAGCCUUAAUGCACUUUCUCAAACAUCUUUGAAGUUGGCUUCCUGUUGGGCAGCUUGUUAUUUGGAAUUCUCCACUCCACCUUAAAUGGUGCAGCAGUGCACUAUGUAGGGAGUAAGGGCGCUGUCUUACUGGAAUUCUCCACUCCACCUUAAAUCGUGCAGCAGUGCAUUAUGUGGGGAGUAAAAGAGCUGUCUUAUUGGAAUUCUCCACUCCACCUUAAACGGUGCAGCAGUGCACUGUGUAGGGAGUAAAGGCGCUGUCUCAUUGGAAUUCUCCACUCCACCUUAAACGGUGCAGCAGUGCACUGUGUAGGGAGUAAAGGCGCUGUCUCAUUGGAAUUCUCCACUCCACCUUAAACGGUGCAGCAGUGCACUGUGUAGGGAGUAAAGGCGCUGUCUCAUUGGAAUUCUCCACUCCACCUUAAACGGUGCAGCAGUGCACUGUGUAGGGAGUAAAGGCGCUGUCUCAUUGGAAUUCUCCACUCCACCUUAAAUGGUGCAGCAGUACUCUGUGUAGGGAGUAAAGGCGCUGUCUCAUUGGAAUUCUCCACUCCACCUUAAAUGGUGCAGCAGGGUUUUUUUAAGGUGGGACAGAGAAUUCCAAGAAGUCAGCUCCUUUACUCCCUACACAGUGUACUGCUGCACCGUUUAAGGUGGAAUGGAGAAUUCUGAAGCUGCUGAAUAGGAAGUCAACGUUGCUAACAUGUUUGAGCCAAGUGUGUGCUGAUUUAGGCCUCCAGUUAACAUCAUGCUAAUUGGUGGGCUAUAAGCUUCCAUUACCUGUUAGCUACAUUAGCCUUGUAGCUCCAGCGCUAAAACUACAGAAGCAAACCUCAGACAUGUUCUGACUACAUUUAGGGUAAGUGGCUGAAUCUCAGACAGCGCCCUUCCUCCCUACGAAGUGCACUAAAUAAGUCACGUAGGUGUGGCGUUUAAGUGCACUGAGUGAGGAGUAGGGAGCUGUUUGGGAUUCAGCCCAGAAAUAUCUGAUUUUUUGCUGAUCUGUCACUUUAAGAACAUUCUUUAAAAAGAGAUGGUUCUUCCAGGGUUCUUUAGUGAAGGUAAUGGUUCUAUUUAGAACCAUGAGUUCUUUGUAGAACCAUGAGCACGCUUUCUUCACAUUGAUGGAGAAUGUGGUGUAUAUGGUUCUGUAUAGAACCUUUUUAGAAAUGGUUCCAUAUGGCAUCUAUGAGUGUUCUUCAUUGUACAAGCUUCACUUUGUAACAGUGGCAGAACCCUUUUUGGUGCUAUAUAGAACCAUCUAUAUCACAUUCUCCAUCAAUCUGGAGAACCAUUUCACCAUGCAAAGAACCAUAUAAGCACGAAAGGUUCUAUGUAUGGUUCUAUAUAGCACCAAAAAGAGUUAAUUUGAACGUUAAUGUUACAAGCUUGUCAUUGUAAAAGUAGAAGAACCCUUUUUGGUUCUACAUAGAACCAUUUUCAAAAAGGUUCUAUACAGAACCAUAUACAACACAAUCUCAAUCAAUCUGAAGAACCAGUUUACCUUGCAAAGAACCUCAAAUCUUAUGCAUUCAAACAUAUAAGGUUCUAGAUACAACCUUUUUGAAAGUGGUUCUAUAGAGCACCAAAAACAGUUCUGCUAAUGUUACAAUCUUGACAUUGUAACAAUAGAAGAACCCUUUUUGGUGUUAUUUAGAACCAUAUACAACACCUCCAUCAAUCUGAAGAACCAUUUCAUCCCGCAAAGAACCAUUAAGCAUGAAAUCGCUCUAUAUAGAACGCACGUUUCUAAAAAGAACCAUUCCCUUUACUGAAGAACCCUUGAAGAACCUCUUUUUUAAGAGUGUAGGUCUUUGCCAGCGCCCAUUCAGUGGGGCAGAUUGUGUCCUGCUGCAGGGGUUCCCAAUCCUGGCCCUGGGGAUCUUCCACCCUGCAGAGUUUAGCUCCGCCCCCUAAUCUAGCACACCUGAUCCAGGUAAUGAAGGUCUUCAGGAACACCUGAAUGUCAGUGCCAGGUGUGCUGGAUCUGAGCUCUUGAGGUUGGUGGAUCUCCAGGAUCAGGAUUGAGCACCCCGUUCUAUAGAUUAGCAUCAGUGAGCGCAUGUUCACACAGGCCACGCUGCCCCCUGUGGCCUGGAGAGCUCAGCCUGAUUCAACCACACAGAGCUUUCAUUCCGCUCUCUAUACGUUCCAUGAAGUUAAAGAAACACGUGUACGUUCUCGCACACCUGCUGCUAACCUCGCUCAUAUUAGUAGAUUAGCACCCACACCCCCGACGCCGAGUCUGACCCCUGUGACGGUGACUCUGAUGUCCGAGCACUGCCCGUGUUGUGCUGUUUCCGGUGGCCUUACGCGUUCCUCUCUCACGCUGCGGAGCAUUACGAGCGCUUUGUGUUCCAAUAAGUGCUUUUAAAGACUUUGUAUGUGUUGUGUGUCAGUGAGAAACAGCGGCCUCUGGUGGCGGAGCUGUGGAGCUGCGAGUGUGUGAGUGACAGGUUUUUAUCACAGCAAUAAGUCAAUGGAGGACCAUUCAGACCAGACAGAGGACAAAACAUCAUCGGCUCCUCUGUUUCUGCCACAGCUCGUCGAAAUAAUUACUGAUAUUCCUAAAAUAUUGAGUUACUGUGAUUAAAUAUCGACUUGCUGCUGAAAUACUGACUUGCAAUGUCAAGAUGACUUACCAUGUCUAAAUAACUUACUCUGUCAUAAAAAUGACUUAUUAAACAUAGUAAUGACUUAAUCACCGUUAUGACUGAGCAAUAAUGGUGUUACCAAAAUAAAGGUAAUAAUAACUUAUUAUAACUUACUUAUAAUAAUGAGUUAUUAUGUCAAAAUAAUGAUUUGGUAUCUUCUAAUGAUUCAUUUCUUGAAAUGUUUAUUAUUUUUGAAAAAUUAUUAUUUUGAUAUAGUAUCAUCAAAAGCUUGAGAAAUUAAGUCAUUAUUUUGAUAAAAUGUAAUUAUUUAGAGAUAAUAAGUCAUUAAUUUGAUAAAAUAAGUCACUAUUCUGAGAUAUUUUGAGAUACUGCUGCCAGAAACAAAACUAUAUUUAAUUUUUUCUGGUGUGAAAAACUCAAAACAGGACAGGAGAACAAACUCCGCCUCCCUGUUUCUGACAGCAGGUUGUGUUUUCACUUUGAUGAUUUAUGUCAAAAGACUUUUAAUCAGCAUUAUUUAAUUAAAUAAUGAUCUGUUUUCUCACAAUUUUCACUUCUAAUAUUGACUUAUUUUUUCCAGAAAAGGCUUUUUAUCUCAAAAACUGGCUUAUCUUGAAAUUCGUUCUCACUCUGAAUUGAGUUUUUGUCUUUUGAGAAGUAAGUUGUCGUCGUUCCUGUUCGAGUCGUGGUUUUGAGGUAAACAGUGGUGUCUGUGACAGAAACAGAGCAGAGCGUGUUGGUUUGUUCUCUCCUGUCUGACUGAGCUGCAGGUUCUUCUCUCUAAACUCUGCGCUCUCGCUGCCCCCCCACACCCCCCACCCCGCGUCAUCACACUCACACAGACUGUGAAUGUAACCCCCCAACACGCACGAUCAUUAUCAUCUGUUUUAUUAUUAUAAUUAUUAUUUUUUAAAUAUACUCUGUUUUAGUUUAUUAGCUGAACUGUUUGUAGUUUUUUAGCUAAAAGGUUUUGCACCAAAGUUUUGUACACGUGGCAGCUUGCGUUCACACAAUCACGGUCAGCAAAAACAGAGAGAAUAACGACAUAGAGCAAAAUAAUAAUAAUAAACUGCUGCUGCAAAACUGUUUAUAUGACGUAUGUUAGUCCUCAACGCCUGCACUCUUUAAGAUAUGCAACAUACAGCUCUGUUCAGAAAAACUCUCUUUAAUAUGUAAAUAAACAUGAAUAAAACUGUAUCACAUC